ACUAUCCAAGGGAUUGCUUUGAGAUUUUUCAGCAUUCCAAAGGAAAUGCCAGAGAUGGUCUUUACAUCAUCCAGCCAAAGGAGGACCCAAUUGUAGUCUCUUGUAACAUGCAAGAUGGUGGUUGGACAGUAAUCCAGCACAUUACAGCCAAUAGUACUGUUGACUUUGAUAGGACCUGGCAGGAUUACAAAUAUGGAUUUGGCUCUGUUCAUGACAACCACUGGUUAGGAAAUGAAUAUAUGCAUCAGUUAACAAGCAGCUCCGUGCGAUAUAUACUUGGAGUGAAACUUGUAAACCUGAACGCUGAAAUCAAAUGGGGACAGUAUGAACCAUUCCUUAUUGAAGAUGAAGAGUCUCAAUACCGAAUCAGGGUUGGUCUAUACCAAGGCAAUGCCACUGAUGCUCUGAGCCUGGACACAGAAGCUUAUCUUCAUGACAACCAGAAAUUCACCACCAAAGACAGAGACAAUGACAAUUACUUUCAGAAUUGUGCUAAACUGGAACACAAUGGCGUUCCUGGGGGAGGCUGGUGGUAUGAUGCGUGUGCUGGAGCAAAUCUAAACCGUAGGAAUGUGAUAUAUUGGCAAAAGGACUGCAACAAGCAAUGCAUGUGCAAGUUUGCAUGGAUGAUGAUCAAACCCAUUGAGUACAGCCUGCCAUAUCCAACCAAGUCCUGUCUGUGUCAGAAAGUUGAACUGUAG